CCUUCGAGGGAAAACGCCCUCUUCCAUGCUCCCGACCAAAACAAACGUUAGCCGCUAGCGAUCUCGGCCAUCAUCUUGAGACUUGUCAAGGACACUUUUGUAUGCGCCACUCUUACCUCAUGAUCUGCAAAAACAACCACAGCAUAUUCGGAUAAGUCAUCGAAAAUCUCGACAUAGAAUUACUGCACUGUAUAUAGCAAGAACUCGAGUAGAAUCUGAAUGCCUACAAUGAAAAUUUGCAAAUCUUUAUAAUCACUUCUACAAUGUACUAUUGUCACUGAUGGGCGGAAUCCAUGGACACGCUUUUUGGAUUUUAAUCAGCUGAUGGCAGAGGAAGGUCGAAAACGACGUCACUCGUAAAGAUGACUCUCCUGGUUUAUUAGGACAUGGGACCAUUAUGGCAUUUCGAGCGUGUGCUCGAAAUAUAUUAUAUGUUUCCUACCGUGAGAUGUUAAAAAUCAAGUGCUCUUCCUGACAUGACCAUACGGCGCGUUGCAACUUUAAUCCUGUUGCUGUUCCUGAACUUGGUUCUCGGCUUCAUUUAUAUUCAGCCUUCUAAGAUUAUGACUUUUAUAUCAAACCCUAAUAACGAAACAGAAGACAACGGAAUAAUCACGUUAGAAGUUGACAAAAAUGACACGAGCGAAAAAUUUACAAGUAUUCCUACGACUUUGCCAGAGUUUCAAUCAGUUAUUUCUUAUAAAUUUUCCUUGAAUCCUCGAGAUUUAUGUUCCAGAGGGCCAACAAUUAAUAGCAAGUUAUCUUUAAUAAUACUAGUAUGCACAGCUGUGCCUAAUGCAAAGGAAAGGCAAGCAAUUCGUGAGACCUGGGGUUCUGUAGCUGCAGCGAAUAACAAUACAGGAUUCGUCAGGUUAGCAUUUCUGUUAGGUUCAACGAAUAAUACAACAUUGCAGCAACAAGUAGAACAGGAAUCUUCUAAAUACGCAGAUAUUAUUCAACAAGACUUUAUUGAUUCGUAUCAAAAUCUUACAUUAAAAUCAGUAAUGCUUCUGAAGUGGGUUUCUGACUUUUGUCCGAACGUGCAGUAUGUUCUAAAAACUGACGACGAUAUGUAUGUUAAUGUACCAAAUUUAAUUAAAACUCUUCUAAGGCUUCCGGUUAAGUCUAAUGUUAUGUAUGGUGUUUUAUUUCGAAAAGCUAAACCAAACAGAAAUUCACUUGCUAAGUGGUUCGUGCCAAAGAGCCAGUUCGAAGCAGAUAUGUUUCCGGAUUACUUAUCAGGCACCGGUUAUGUUAUGACUCGAGAUAUCGUACCGAAACUUGUGGAAGCAAGUGCCACGGUUCCCUUUUUAGUGAUGGAAGAUGUGUUUAUUACAGGAUUAUGUGCCAGCGAAUGCAAUGUGAAACGCUAUAAUGUGAGAGGAUUUGCUUACUGGAAACGGCCUGCAACGGCAUGUGCUUUCAAAGAUGUUAUCACCGGACAUCACGUAACUGUGAGCGAUAUGAUGAAAAUCUGGAAAGAAUUUCAGAAAAAGCCAUUAGUUUGUCACUUAACUAAGAAAAAAGUAUCAAAGCAAUAAUAAGAAUUGACCUGAUUUUAUAAAAAAGUCACUUUCAGCAUUUAAGAAUUAAACGAAAUCUCCAUAUGGAGAAAUAUGCUAGAUGUUAUACUUCUCCUAGUACCUGUAAUUCUUACAGAAGUAUACAAUGUGUUUCUAUCGCAUGAGAAGUAAAUCAUAUUUUUUUACCGAAAGUAAUUGAUUUCACAUAAAAACAACCUUUAAUUUGUAUUAUUCGUUUAGCAACAAAUGGUAUUUAAUCUUAUUACAUUUUGCCAAACGUGUCUUUAUAAAUUUUCUUAAGAAACAAGCUAUCAGCUGUAGGGGAAUUCUAAAAUAUUUCUAUAAAUCGAAAGAUGAAAGUUUAAUACAAUUCUGUUGAAAACUUAAUUUCAGUCAGUUUCAUUCCUUAAAUUUUAAUUUUUAAUUCAGUGCAUUUUCAAUUUCUAAUUUCCCAGUUUUAAAUUGGCCUCAGCUGGUAUAUGGUAUUUCAUAUGGUACACAUAUGGUAUUUCAUGAAUUAAAUAUUUGAAUGUUGUUAAAUAUUUAUAUAAUUUUUAUUGUGCUCUUUUCCCUUCUAUCGUUAAUUCGAAUAAUACAUGCAAUUUUUAAAUUGUAUGAGCUGAUUAAAAAAAUAAUAUUUUUGCACUUUGGUAAUAUUUUAUGUUUAUACUGAAAGCAGGAAAAAUAUUUAUAAAUAAUUAUUUCUCGUAAUCUAUUAAAAGUAUUUAUAAAAGUGAACUUCUACACGGGUAUCUAGUUUUGAGAACAACUUUGUACUAUAUUAUAAUAUGCUCCUCUCAUAACCUUCGAAUUUAUUGUCUUCCUGUUACAAUAUAUCAUCGAUGGCCAUUUACUGAUAUUUAAUUUUUGAUUUUGUUAUCCACGAAAAUAUCAGCCGAUGAGUUAUGUUUUCUAGAUUCACUAAACACUGCUCAAAGCUCCUACUAGGAUCCUAAUAUUAUUUAUAUGUAUUUAAAGGAAUACGUUAUUUAAAAGAUAGAAUAUAAUUUCAAAUAACAUAUUUAAAGAAAUAUGUUAUUUCAAAAGAUAGAAUUACAUUAUUUAAAGAAAUACGUUAUUUGAAAAGAUAUAAUUAUAUUUUUUAAGGAAAUAUUUUAUUUGAAAAGAUACAAUUACAUUACUUAAGAGAAUUCUUCAAUUACAAGUUAGAAAUAUUUUUUUUUUAUCUGUUAAAUACACUGCUUGAAAUAUUUUUUCAAAGGAAAUAAAAUAGUCUACCUUGCUUUCAUUACAUAUUUGUAUGCUUUAAAAAUCUGGAAUUUGAGAAUGAAGCAAUGUGACGCUAAAUUAUAAAAAUUUACAAAUCAAAUAUUUUAUAUAUUUCUAAAAUUUUGAUAAUAUGUUAUUUUGUAUACUUUGAUAAAUUUAGUGAUCUAAGAUCAUAUACCUGCUGUUAUAAAAUAAAGUUGUUGCACAUUUCACUGAGUAAUAAAUUCAUUCAAAUUGCACUAAAAA